UCUUGGGGACAGGACAGGGGUUGUUGACGUCGCGCGGGCUGCCUGGGAAGCCUUUCGGAACGUUGGCCCGGGAAAUCGGGAGGGCAGCCUCUUCGGAACGUUGGCCGGGGCUCGAGAAGGAUGUAACAAUGGGGGGGCGUUUGACACGUGCGAUGCGGAACUUUAACGUGGAGAACAGAGUGCACGUGGAGAUCGGCAAGCAGAAGCCGAGCAGUGCACCCAGACACCCGAGCAGCAAGGCACUGAUCGAGCAACAGCUCAGCAAUCACCCUGAAAUAAAUGAAGUUCAUAACAAGAAUGAAGAACUUUUGUCUUUACUCAAAGAUAUUUAUGUUGAUUCGAAGGAAAUUCCUGCAAAGAAACUUGCAACUUCUGAAGCAUCCAAGCAACUGCAGGAGCACAGACUCCUCAAAUCUGAUUUGAAUUAUGAGCUGUUCAACAUCACAAAGGUUCCUAAAGGAAAACUGACCAUAGUGGAGGCUCUUACAAUUCUCAAUAACCAUAAACUCAAGCCUGAAAUAUGGACAGCUGAGAAAAUAGCUGAAGAUUAUUGUCUAGAACUCAAAGAUGUUAAAGGACUGCUGGAAUUUUUCAAACCAUUUGAAAUAAAAUUUAUAUCUCCAAAACAAAUCAGUAAGGAACUUCUAACUGAUCGUUAGUAAAUAUGCACACUUUCAGACUGUUAAUAAACAAGUUAGAUAUCUUUAUUUAAGAUUUGCAAUAUAUUCAGGUUAUAGGAACAUUAUAGAUAUUUUGUUGAGAAGUUUGUUUUACUGAGACCUGUGGAUAAACUCAGGACCACAAAAUAUGUUCCAGAUAGGAAUUAUCCUGUAAAAUAUUGGCAUCACUGUGUUGUGGUAUUUUGCUUGUUAACCAUUUGUAGUGAGUGGCUCACUACAAGUUGCCCUACUAAAAGUCAGGAAAGCAUAAUUCUGCAAGCAUGCAGCUGCUCCAUCCAACUUGAUGUGGAUAACGACAUUUUACAGUUUCUAGUCAACUUUUGAAACUGAGCUCUCAUACAUGCUUUAUACUGACAACUGCACUGGCUGGUUUCAAUAAAUUUCUGUUAUACGGUA